GCCGGGGGCUGGCGGCGGCCACGCAGCGUCCGCCUCGGGGGGUGCCCGUCACGCUCCCGCUCGCCUCUCGCGCCGCCGGGCCCGGCUGAGGGCGGGCCGCCGCCCCCCGUCGCCCAGCCUCGCGCCCCGUCCGGCCGGCCGGACCCGGCGCCGUCGGGAGAGGCGGGAGCCGGCCCCUGCAGCGCGAGGGAGGCCGCCCCAGCUCCAUGAAUGGAAAUCGGCAGCGCAGGACCCGUCGGGGCACAGCCCCUGCUCAUGGUGCCCAGACGGCCUGGCUAUGGCACCAUGGGCAAGCCCAUUAAAUUGCUGGCCAACUGCUUCCAAGUUGAAAUCCCAAAGAUUGAUGUCUACCUCUAUGAGGUGGAUAUUAAACCAGAUAAGUGUCCUCGGAGGGUUAACAGGGAGGUGGUGGACUCAAUGGUGCAGCAUUUUAAAGUGACCAUAUUUGGGGACCGCAGACCAGUUUAUGAUGGGAAAAGAAGCCUUUAUACAGCCAAUCCACUCCCUGUUGCAACUACUGGGGUGGAUUUGGAUGUAACGUUACCAGGAGAAGGUGGAAAAGAUCGUCCCUUCAAGGUGUCAAUAAAGUUUGUUUCUCGGGUGAGCUGGCACUUGCUGCAUGAAGUUUUGACGGGAAGGACCUUGCCUGAGCCUCUGGAACUAGACAAACCGAUCAGCACUAACCCUGUACAUGCUGUCGAUGUGGUGCUACGACACCUACCCUCCAUGAAGUAUACCCCUGUGGGCCGCUCCUUUUUCUCUGCUCCAGAAGGCUAUGAUCACCCUUUGGGAGGGGGCAGGGAAGUAUGGUUUGGAUUCCAUCAAUCUGUGCGGCCUGCCAUGUGGAAAAUGAUGCUUAAUAUUGAUGUUUCUGCCACUGCCUUCUAUAAAGCACAACCAGUAAUUCAGUUCAUGUGUGAAGUUCUCGACAUUCAUAACAUUGAUGAACAACCAAGGCCUCUGACUGAUUCUCAUCGGGUAAAAUUCACCAAAGAGAUAAAGGGUCUGAAGGUUGAAGUGACUCAUUGUGGAACAAUGAGACGAAAAUACCGUGUUUGUAAUGUAACGAGGAGACCUGCCAGUCAUCAAACCUUCCCUUUACAGUUAGAAAAUGGUCAGACUGUGGAGAGAACGGUAGCACAGUACUUCAGAGAGAAGUAUAACCUCCAGUUGAAAUACCCUCAUCUUCCUUGCCUGCAAGUGGGACAGGAACAGAAACACACCUACCUGCCUUUAGAAGUAUGUAAUAUUGUGGCAGGCCAGCGAUGUAUCAAGAAGCUAACUGACAAUCAAACAUCAACUAUGAUAAAGGCAACUGCAAGAUCUGCCCCAGACAGACAAGAGGAAAUUAGCAGAUUGGUAAGAAGUGCAAACUAUGAUGCAGAUCCGUUCGUUCAAGAGUUUCAGUUCAAAGUUCGAGAUGAGAUGGCCCAUGUGACAGGACGUGUGCUUCCAGCUCCAAUGUUACAAUAUGGAGGACGGAAUCGAACAGUGGCUACCCCCAGCCAUGGAGUAUGGGAUAUGCGAGGGAAACAAUUUCACACUGGUGUUGAGAUCAAAAUGUGGGCCAUAGCUUGCUUUGCAACUCAGAGACAAUGCAGAGAAGAAAUACUGAAGGGUUUUACAGACCAACUACGCAAAAUCUCCAAGGAUGCAGGAAUGCCAAUCCAAGGCCAGCCAUGCUUUUGUAAAUAUGCACAGGGGGCAGACAGUGUGGAGCCCAUGUUCCGGCACCUCAAGAACACCUACUCAGGGCUCCAGCUCAUCAUCGUUAUCCUGCCAGGGAAAACGCCUGUGUACGCGGAGGUGAAACGUGUGGGAGAUACACUGUUGGGAAUGGCCACACAGUGCGUUCAAGUCAAGAAUGUCAUAAAAACAUCUCCACAGACUCUCUCCAACCUGUGCCUAAAGAUUAACGUUAAACUAGGAGGAAUCAACAACAUCCUUGUACCUCAUCAACGACCUUCUGUGUUCCAACAACCAGUGAUCUUCUUGGGAGCAGAUGUCACUCAUCCACCUGCUGGGGAUGGAAAGAAGCCUUCCAUUGCUGCUGUUGUAGGUAGCAUGGAUGCUCAUCCAAGCAGGUAUUGUGCCACAGUGAGAGUUCAAAGACCCCGGCAGGAGAUCAUACAAGAUUUAGCCUCCAUGGUCAGAGAACUUCUCAUCCAGUUCUACAAGUCAACACGGUUCAAACCCACACGUAUCAUCUUCUACCGGGAUGGAGUCUCUGAAGGACAGUUUCGACAGGUUUUGUAUUAUGAGCUGCUAGCAAUUAGAGAGGCCUGCAUCAGUUUGGAGAAAGACUACCAGCCCGGAAUAACUUAUAUCGUAGUGCAGAAACGACAUCACACACGAUUGUUCUGUGCUGACAGAACAGAAAGGGUUGGAAGAAGUGGCAACAUUCCAGCUGGAACAACUGUAGAUACAGACAUUACACAUCCAUAUGAGUUUGAUUUUUACCUCUGUAGCCAUGCUGGAAUACAGGGUACCAGCCGUCCCUCACACUAUCAUGUUUUGUGGGAUGAUAACUGUUUUACUGCAGAUGAACUUCAGCUGCUGACUUACCAGCUCUGCCACACAUAUGUGCGCUGCACACGAUCUGUUUCUAUACCCGCACCAGCCUAUUAUGCUCAUCUGGUAGCAUUCAGAGCACGAUACCAUCUUGUGGACAAAGAACAUGACAGUGCUGAAGGAAGCCAUGUUUCAGGACAAAGCAAUGGGAGAGAUCCGCAAGCCCUUGCCAAGGCUGUACAGAUUCACCAAGACACCUUACGCACCAUGUACUUCGCUUAGAUCAAUAAAAUCAGAGCAUACUCACUGAAAAGAAGAACUGAAAAUUUAAGCCACAUACAAUGUAUGUUUCCAGUGGGGUCAGUUUCUGGGGUGCGCCUCCAAUCAGGCUGAAGUCGACACUGUGCAGGGGCGAGGGGCUAAUCCUUAAAUUGACGCAAGGAAGAUUUGUUUACUUCAUCGAGGAACACAGCACUAUUAUGCAAUAUGAAACCAGCCAACUGCUUUUUUGGCGCGGUCUCCUGUUGGAAGCACCGCCAUCACAUUUUAUUUUAUUUUAUUUUAUUUUUUAUUUCUCGUAGUUUAACCCUUUUAUGCCUUUACCUCAAGUUGCUCGGCAGCACAACUCUUUGCAAAAAACAAAAAAAACAAAAAAACAACAGCAACUACAAAAGUUGAUCACGUAAUUAAGAAAAAAAAAAAAGAAACAGACAACCUUAGGAGAAUCACAGCGAUUGUUUUGGGAUUGGGGAGGGGAGUGUGCAAAAAAAAAAAAAUUUUUUUUUUUUUAUUUUUUACCCCAGCUAUAUUCAUGAAGCUUUCAUUAUUGCCAUCAGCAUUCAAAUGUGAACAUAUCCAAGUACAUUUGAAUGUACAGCACUAACUAGAAGAAAUUGGAGGAGUAUUUGCACACUUGUCCAUUAAUCUGAACAUAAUUUAGCCAACUGCUGCCUUUUGUCUGUCUUCACAACUUGGAGUCCUCAACUCCAAUAGUUCCCUUUAAAAUGAAAUAAAACCAAUAAAAAGCUAGUAGUGUAUGUGCAGGCAGUAGUGAUCCAAACUCUUCUUACUCCCUGGUGAAUUUACUAAAGCUGCUGUUUUAUCUUGUCCAGAAGUUUCAACUAAUUUUCCAUCUGGCAAGUCGCAUACAUAUUUGAGCUUCAUGUGAUAUCUGAAGUCCCGUGUUUGACGGGGUUUCUUGUAGUAAACACCAGAACUGAAACUCUAGAUAUAAGGUCUUUUUGGAAAAAAUAAAAAUAAAAAAAUUGCUAGUUUACUUGCUGCCUCUCACACCUUAAUGUGAUUUCAUAUGUGUAUGUGUUUUUGAAGUUUAGCUUCCUUUUGUUUCUUUUAUAUUUAUUAGAGUAAUAAUAAUGCUUUAAUUUAAUUAUUACAAAACAUAUGGGCAACAUCAAUUUUUAUUUUUAGAAAUGUAACCGUGUUUGUUUAAAAAAACAAAAACUGACAACUUGUUUUUGCUAUCUUUUAGUGCAAUAAGCCGUUUGAAAAGAAAACUGUGUCCGUUUAGCUGUGUUAAAGCGGCAUUUGUACCACUAACUGUGGGAGAAUGGACACCUCCACAAUUUUAAAAGGACAAAGUAAAUGCCUUAAUUUUGAAAGGAAAGUUUUUAUAGUUGAGGGGGAUCUUUUUUUUUCCUUUUUUAAAUCAAAACAACAAAGAACAGCAAACAUGCUUUUUGAAUCCUGCGAGCUUUACUCUUGGCAAUCGGGCUGUAUUUUGGUUUAGCAAAGGAACUGUCUGCAUAUUUGGUUUGAAGAGAUGAAGUUAUUUGAAUUAAGUGAACUGUUUUUUAUUGGCGAUCUAGGUUUUCAUGCUCUUACUUUAAAUAUAUCAGACAUUUAAUCAGGAAAAUGUCUUAAGGAGUUAAUGAAGUUUGUAGGCAAUUUUGCUGAGUUCAUAGCGACUUUCCUUUUAAAAUUAAGGUAUUGGUGACUUCAUUUCACUUUACAAAUAAAACAAGAGGGCUGGGAUACUUUUAACAAGUUAAAUCACUGAAAUGUGAAACAAAUUUAAUGGGACUUUUGUUCAUUCCACUUUUUAAAGUUAAAAUGAAAUAUUUAAGAUGUCAGAGGUGAGCAUUUAUUCAAUAAGGGGAUCAGGGGAGUUUUGCACUUUGUAAACUCGUGAACUGCAUUUUUGACUGUUUUAUUUGCACUGGUUCAUAGUAUAUAUACAUAUAUAUAUACUGCAGAUUUGUUUAUAUGGGCAUUGCUGUUAUCCCAGCCCUUUGGAACUCCACCUGCUCUCCACAUGAAAACCAGUGGGUUGGUAUAAGUUACCUGACUUAUCUCCUGUCAUUCUCAUGUAAUCUGUUUGCCAAUUUACUGUAUUUUGAGCCUAAAAUCUGAGCCCAUUUUGCUUCAGUAAGCAUGAAUUUUCCCCAUUUUCUGCCAGAAAAAAGUACUGUAUUUUGUGCAUUUUGUAUUUUGUACUAAGAUGUAUGUAGUGCUGUUCACAACACUGUCUCAAAGCGCUUUACUAAAUACUUGGUGUAUAUACAUAUAUUUUUUUCCCAGUACCAAGGAAGAUAAUACAAAGUUUCUUCUUUUGUGUUUCUUUGCAGAAUUUUAAAAGUGCACUGGAAAUAGUCAUGACUGUGGGCAGUGUAUUAAUGGCUCAGGGGGCUGAGGAGAAAAGAGAAGGGGGCUAUGUCACAGAUCCCUAUGUAGCCCAGGAGCUCUUGGAAAGAUUGGGGAGUCGUGAGCUCAUCAGUGGGACUGCAGACCCCAAAAUGAAAUGUCCUGGCUUUGUUCUUUUGCUGUUUCUUGCACUUAGGUUUCAGCUCCUUUUGAAUAAAUCUGCUGCAGGGAGGUCAGCGUAACUAAAUGACUAGGCUUCCAAAUAAACCCUUCAGUAGUUCUCUUCUUGGACUCGCUGAACAGUUUCCUCUUGAGAGUGCUCUAGCUAGUAGUCCUGUCUGUAAAGGCCAAGGUUAGGUUUUUUUAUGGAGGCUGGACCCAAUGAUCUUACGAGGCCCCUUGCAGCCCUAACAUCUAUGAAAUUAAAAUUGAGGAUUUUCUUUUUUAAAAAACUUCUUGUGGAUUUCCUGGCUUUUAUCAUGAGAAGUCCUUGAAUGAAAGAAAGUAGAUUUUUAAUUUUCCCUUCAGAUACACUAUCCAUUUCCUAUCCUGCCCACACUCAGCGACUAUGGCUUGAAAGGUUUAAAUUAUUUUGCUUGCUGCUUUCACCAAAAAGAAACAAAAAAAAAUAAAAAAAACCCCCACCACAUUAAUUGGGCAAGUGACUUUAAGCUGCUCACUCGGUGGACAAGUGGAACUGGUUUUCAUGCGAAGAGGAGCUGGAAGUUUUAAUUUCUAUUCUUGGUUUUGCAGAUGUCUACAUAAAGUGCCGAUACAUGUUUGUAUUACAAUAUCAAGUUACUGGCUUUGUGAGGGCCACACACGUAUGAUACUGUAGCUGCUAUAUUUAUUUAAACGGAGACGGACAAUUACUGCACUAGGGAAAUGAGGAGAUGAGCAGGAAUCAAGGCUUAGUUAGAUGUGGUAUCGCAUUUUUCAGAAGAGAAUUAAUGGUGUGAAGUAUAAAGUGUAACAAAAGGGUGCUGUCAUUUUAACUGAGAUUAAAUAGCCAGAUAUUCUUCCUUUGUUUAAAGACAUAUAUAUUUUGAUGUUUGCAGUUGGGGGCGGGGGGGGGUGGGGAGGGAGCAAAUGGUACCUCAUCUGUGGUGGCAGUUUCCAGUGUAUUUUCAGAGUAUAUGGAUUUCUUUUAUUUUUGUACCUGCUCUCCUUUAAAGAAAAGUUUCUCAAGUUUUAUGUGCUUUUGGGGAAACCUUGAGUGACAUACCUGAUCCCCCUCAUCUUCGCAGGAGCUGUCCAUAUCAAGCCCAACAAGGGACCUGGGCAAAGGCUGACGGUUCUGUUUUUGCAGAUGAGUUGGCCUCAUAUUCAUAUAUCUCUCUAAAAUGAUGGUUCCCAGCCUUCUGUGGCAUUGUACCAGUUUUCCAAGCUAAGACCUCAUUUGUACUAGCAAGUGCCACUAACCUCUCAAGCAAUGAGAGCAUCCGCUUGGGGCUCAGUAGAGAGUAAGGGGUGCGGCAGCCUCUGGUACUAACUACACAUCCCUGAAGUAAUAAUACUGGUACGUGUGCCAAAGGUUAGGAACCACUUUCCCAGAAUUGGAGGCAGCGCUUCUAAUAAGCUAACUAUAGGUCUUUGCCAGAUUUGUGAUCUAGUGACUAGUGGAUCCAAAUUUGGGAAGAAGCAGUGAGAAGCUUUUGUAGUUGUGGUGUUACACUCUUGCAACAUCUGCUAACAGAGUGACUGAUGACUCCGUUUAAAGUAGCUUUGGAUUCGUGGGGCACUUAGUGUGGCCAAUUUUACUCAGGAUUGUUAGAUUGCUGUUUAAAUGUUUAAACUGGUUAAAAGUGCCCAAAGGGGUAUUUCUUUUGGGCUUAGCUUUUACAAGUAGAAUGGAUUCUGGAAGGUUGUCAGUCAAAUUAUUUCAAGAUGCCAUUGGUCCUAAAUUGUUUUCAUUUCUCUUAUGUGCAAAUACUUGUCCUGUGAAGUCUAGCAUAGGACAUUGUGUAGUAACCACCUCUGUAUACAUCUUAUAUUGGUUUUCUACUAGUGCUUGAGUUCACAACAGUGAAGCUUCCAAGCUCAGACUCCUUCGAUUUAAAAAUGAGGCCUUUCUGAGUUUACAUAUGUACUCGUACCUUGAGACUUGUCCACCUUUGAUAUUUUUUAAUCUUGUGAACUGAGGGGAAUAGAUCCUUUCUCAAAGCACUUUUUGUACCAGAGGAAUCAAAAGCUCAGAUUAUAUACAUGAAAACAAUAAAUGUACAGAUAUCAUUUUUUUUUUUUUUUUCCAAAUGGUUACCUUUGUUUCUUGUCAUGCCAGGUAAAUGCUCUGUCAGUUGCAGUGUUGUGGAAUAAUUGUGGCUGCCGCUGGUCAGUUGAUUUGAUCGGGUAGAAUAUCCAUGUAGGGGUCAAAUGGAAAAGUAUUCCUGGCUUACUUUCCUACCCAAAGAUGGUACUUGAAAUCAACAUUGGGUAUGAGAUAUCAUAUUGUUUGGCACAUCUUUUAAUUAAAAACUUCACUAAGCCAAUUAACUCAUUAUUUUUGUAAAGUUGAAAAAUAGUAGUUAGGGCUUGUGCUAGUCAGUAUUUUCUGCUAGUAGAAAAUCUUUGUAACUUUACGUUAGUUAUGAGGUGUGAAACUGGUAUGUACAGGACCCUAUGUCUUACCUAUCUAGCAGAGUCUGAGGAAUCCAUACUUACUAAAACACUAAGAUCAAAAACUGGUUUGGGGCCUGAGCAGCUAAAGGUGCAUAAAGGCAAGGUGGGGGUUGGGGUGGAGGGCAGGGAGGGGAAGAGAGGGAAGGGGGGAAGGCUUGUAAAGAAAGAUGAAGCAUCAGUCUCGCAGAGUGUAGAGGGUUGGUAGAGAGAUUCUGUAUUCAUUGCUGUUCCAGUCACGUGCUCCACCUUCGUUACAAUUUUGUCCGAGGUCCCCGCACCUAAUGCAGGUAGCUAAUGUAGGGUCCUGUUAAAGCAAAGAAGUUCCACUGUUUAAAACUUGGAAUUAUUAUAAUUUUUUUUUAAAGCAAGACAGUCCUCAGAAAGUGCCUUUUCAGAAGAUGGUGCUGUAGAUUUUUAUUUUGAAAUUGUACAUGGCUGAACAUUUACAAGAAACUAUUGAAAAUGCCAAGUGUUUGAUGGUAUCAUUUUAGGUACCUUCAAACAGCAGUUUCUGAGUCAGGACCAAGAUUAACCAAGGAGGGUGUAUUCAGCAGAGGGAAGGCUGUUGAGGAAUGGUCACCAAAUUCAGCUGGUUGGCUUGCACUAGUUCAGGUUUUAUUUGAUGCAAGUUGUCUCCGCCUGUGGAGGGCGAGGGGUUGUGGGGAAGGAAAUAGCACAGGACACUGAAGAAGAUGAUGCAGUUCAGUAUGUUAAUAGGGGCACAGAUGAUCAAAGGGUGUAGCAGGUUCCCAAAGAGGAGGGUGAUAAAAAAGCAUUGUCUUAAAGAUUCACGGUGAAGUGGUUGGUCCUGUGGACUGGCUUCACACAACUGGCAUUUCAAGGGAGUAAUGCUGAUAUACUCGUGGAACUGUAAUGACUCCGUGGGAAUUUUUGCUGAUAUAAAUGGCAACAGCAUGCACGAGUGGCCGUGCCCUGUGAUGACCGUGGUAAGAGAUGCAGGGAGCCCCGCUGAUGAGUUUGGUGAGCAUUCCUCAAAUUGGGAAGAGCUGUAGACUAGAAUAAUAAACACUGCACCUCAGUAACCUUGUAAUGCUGCAUAAAAUAAUAAUAGCAAAGUUCUGCUUUGAUUACUCUGCAAUGUGCUUGCACAUGCCUGCAAAAAAAAAAUACACACACUUUCAUUUUUGUAAUGGUCUUAAUAGCAGUUACCAGAUCUUUUUUUAAAAAUGAGCCUUGUCCUUUUUUGUGGUGUUUCUUUAUAUUUAUUGGUAAUCUGUGUGCAGCUUGUUGCUUCAUGUGUUUGGCCUGGAGGUUACUUUAAACACACUUUUUUGAGGAGGGAGGAGUUUCUAGGUGUCUUUUUUUUUUUUUUUUUCUUUCUCAAGUCCUAACUUUACUAACCAUGGAUAGGGGGGAGGGGGGGUGGGGAUUUAAUCAAAACAGUUAAAACCAAAACAGGCUAAUUAGGUACCUGUAUUAACUUUUUCUGUGUUGACUUUAAUACAGUACUGGGCAUUUCAGACAUGUAGCGUAUAUCUCUGCAUCACUCAAGAAUAUCCUCUUUUGAUAUUAAUCAGGAGAUCUUCAAGAACCAGGAGUAUUACCAUGAGAGCCUCCCUUCAGUGGUAAAUGGUUUCUUUUCUGUUGGAAACUGGUUUAUUCAUGAAGUCCAUCAAAAUGUUGCAUUCAGUUAUUUGGUAGUUUAUAAUUGCUCACUUAAGUAGUUCAAGUACUUUAGAGAUAAGAAUUGUAAAGUGGGGACAGUGACCCAUGCCUGAAUUUAUAGGCCUUACUUUUAAACAUGUGUUAAUCCAUGAUUAAAAAAACACUUAUUUGUAUUACUUAUGCCAAUUUAAAAAAAACCCCACAUUUUGGAAAUCUGUUUUAUCACUGUUCUAUGUUGUCCCCUUAAGUCAAAUCAAAAGCAGUUAACUGAAAUUAGUAGUCACUUUAAUCAUUCAUCUUUAUGGCAGUCAUCCAAUGCAACACUGACAUUUAAACUGUUUGUGGUGAUUUUAUCUUGAGAUGUUUUCAGGAAUUAGAAGAAAAACUUCAUAAAUUUUACAAAGCAAAGUUUUCUCAAGACCUAAAUUCUAGGCCAAAACUACCUGACUUCUGUUCUAUUUAGUAGCAGUCAGAACUUUAUUUUAUUGAUUUAAAAGGGCCAAAAAAUCUUGUUCCAUCAGGGUUUUUUUCCAUGUAAGACGUAGACUCCAUUCUUCCCACUUUCAUCAGUCAGUUUAAUUUGCUUUAUAACCGUGACAGUAGGUGUUAAGACCCACUAAGGUUUCAGUUCUUGCCCUUUUGACUUUCUUUACUUUGUAAAUGUGAUUACAGUAGUCUAUGUAGACUUUUGCUGUUGGGCAUAAACCCCUAAUCUGUCUUGCCUUGGCUAAGAUGCACAGUGGCAUACAUGUUGGAUUUCAGUAGAUCAGAAUUGUCCAUUUUUGUUGCUUAUUGGAGGGUUUCUGAUAUACUUUUUAAAGUAUCCCAUUAGCGUUUAAGCUGGGAAAUUUGAAGACGCAGAUACUCCCACCCAUUGUUUUCAGUAGAAAAAUCUGGGUGUGCUUACCUAGUUUUUUACACAUGCUCCUUUUUGGCAGACUGAGAGCACGGGCUUCCUGGAAUAUGUUGCGCUGUUGAUAAAGGUGAGCUGGAACCAAGUGAUUUUAAACCAAACUGACCUGGCUAUUAUCUGUCCCUUGCCCUUCCUACAUCAUUGAAGUGGGGAGCAGCUGACAAUCCCAUGAAAUGUGCAAGAGAGUGAAAAGUAAUGCAAGAAGGGAAAUGAAGCCUAUAUUAAAAGCAGCAGCGCAGUAAAAGCUACAGUUAAUCUACAGCCUUUUUGAGCCUGUCAUCUUGUCUGUAGUUCACCCAAAGAGAAAUCCACCCACAUGUAGCCACUUUAAAAAUCUCUCACAAAUGCGUGACUGUUUCCUCCACAAGAGAACGUUCAUCGAGGCAACUGGCAAUGCCUGUCGGGGUUGUAUAAAAAUCAAAAUCAAAGAUUUUUUUUUUGUUGGUUCUUAAAUCUUGAUGCUACCUUAAUGACUUUGGCUAAAAGAAAUCCAGUAAAUUGAUGCUACUUGAAACAAUGCAGCCAAGCUGUUUUACGGACAUAAACAUUUUAGAUCUCUUGAACGCUUCUAGCUACAGUCCUCAGCAGCUCUCACUGCAGCAUGCACAGUUAGUGAGAGAGAUGGCAAGUGGCUGCAUAUUUUAUUUGCCAAGGCACUGAAUUUAUCCUGCUGUAACUCAGUUGGUUUUUUUUUUUACCUCCUUGCCCCCUCUCCCACCCUGCCAGCCAAAAUCAUUAACUCUUAUGCACAUGUGGAAUAGCCAUUUUUGUCUGCAAGCAGUAUCAUUGCCCUGUUAGAAAAUAACGCAUCAUGUUUGAACUGGAGUGGUAGGUGGCAGAGAGCUGAUAAAGGAAAAAGGAAGGGGGAGGGAGAACUCUGAACUGUUGUCGGUCCAAAUUGUUCAGCUUGUUACCCUUCAGGGAACGGGCAGGAAUCUCAAAGGGUUCCUGAAAUGUGUGUGUCAGAAAUCGGAGCGGGUACUGAGACCCUUAGCAAGCACGUGCCUUUUACUGAUCAAUAACAGAUGCUGGAAAGGAAUUGAACACUUGCGAUUGCAACAUUCCCAAAUAAUGCGCUCCAGCUGAGAUUUUCACAAGCCAUGCUUAAAGCUUCAGGUCCUUUUGACAGAACUUCAUAAUACAAACUUUUUCAUAUCACACUUGCUGUUAAGCAGUUUGUGCUUUUGAAUGGGAUUGCCUCUGAAUUUAUAGUGCUCUUGUUAUCUUUUCAGGGUACUUCUUUCAAGUAACUAGUUUCUAGGGGGUGAUGUUGUCAAAUAUGCCUCAGUCAAUGGUUGAUUUGCAGUUUUCUCUACAAAAUUUUAACUUUGAUGUAGUCCCAUUGAAAAUAAGCUGGCUUGCCUUUACUUGAAUGUUGCCCAGUAGCAUCUUUGCUGGUUCCUGCGUAGCUUCAACUGUUCAUACACUCCACUUAAUUUUAAAGAUAUGGUAUAAUGCAUGUAAGGAGGCAGAACAAUCGCCCGAUGAAGUGGAAGUGGUGGAAGUUGAGCACCACCGUUCUCUGGAACAAUUUAGUUUGCCAGGUGAAGUGGUGAUGGUCUGUGUAAUUAAUUUAGUCAUGGCCUGGGUAUGGAAGGGCUUAGCAAGGCAAUAAGAGAAGACAAGUUCCCAUGUCCUAAAUCAAGAGCAAGUCCGUGUAAAAUGCUCUGUGCUGUGUCUGAUUCAGCAGCGAGUCUGGGUGAGCUAAUUAGGCUUGAAGCCGCCAUGAAGUUGGGUUUUCAGGAUUGAGAAGAAAAGGUUCAAACAGACCAUAACUAGUUUUGAGACUGGUGUGGUCUGCAGGUAGGCACUCCAGGGCUGUAGUCCGAUGCAGGCUCUCUGGGGUAUUGGGUAAGUUGUUCUGCCUCGGUUUUCUCUGAUCUAUAAAAUAAGGCUAACGUAGCACAUUUUUCUGUGAAAAUUGAAUAUUUGGUGCUUUGAAAAUAAGUUGCAGGGUUGUUGGUUUUAGCCAUGUUGGUCUAAGGAUACAGGCAGGCCAACUUGUUUGGGUAGAUGUGAUAUCUUUUAUUAGACCAACUAAAUAAUUGGGAAAAAGUUCUUUGCAAGCUUUCGGGUGCAAACGCUCUUCUUUGGGCGUUGGGAGACUCUGCUGCAGACCUCAGAACAGCAGCAGAGUCUCCCAAUGCCUGAAGAAGGGUGCUUGUGCCUGAAAACUUGCAAAGAACCUUUUUCCCAACUAUUUAGUUGGUCUAAUAAAAGAUACCACAUCUACCCAAAUAAUCUUGCCUGCCUUGAAAAUGAGUUACCCUUUAGAAAUACUGUUGUCAUACAAAUCCAUGCACCCCAUCUAAGUUUUCAUCUUCUUGCAUUGCUAUAUUGUGUGUUUGCAGUUUGUUCUCCAGCUAGGAGCACUGCCCUGGGUCUCGGGGCCUGGGAUGGUCACACACUAUCCUCACCUGGGAAUUGCCCAGGGAAGGAAGGUGAGCAGCAUGGGGCCCAUGAUGCUGAAUUUGUGACCCAUCACUUUCCUGACACACUUUGGGAAGGUGGGGCCCUGUGGCAGCACAGUUUACUUCAACAUAGAUUUGCAAGAAUAUUAAAAUAUAAUUGCUGACCAGUGCAAAAGUCUGUUUGUGAGCCCAGUUUCUUUGUAGUAUUAACUACAGGCCACAUGCAAUAAUUAUCACUUGGGCAAACUGGCAAAUUUGUAUCCCAUUAAAGAGGCAUAUAUCAACCCCGAUCUGAAGGACCUUUAAGAAAUUCAGUUGAAUCUCCUGGUAAAUUAACAUAGAAAAAUUUUUGUGCUACUUUCGCAGGCAAGCAAAAGUGGGUAUUUCGAAUGUUGAAAGACUUGAGUGCAAGCAAAGCAAUUGGGAAUAAGACAAUUUAGGAGUUUCUUUUUUUACUUCAUUUUGGAGUUUCUUUUUUUACUUCAGGUGUCUUUUCAGUGAAUGUUGGCUUCAUUGGACUGUUCUGUUCUGUGGGCGCAGUUUGCAUUAAUGAGAAAAAGUGUACUUAUUUCUCCAAGCGAAGCUUUGCAGCAUUGAAUCUAGCUUAGAAAAGGUUUUAAAAUGUCAUUUUACCCACAGAAGUGCUGCUCUUAAAAAGUGUGUCUUAGUUUGACAAAUAGACAUUAAAACAAACCGCUCUGGUACAGUAACUGUAUUGACCUGUUCUGUCCAUGGUGUUCAUUUAUCAGGGUUUCCUCCCUCUGUGAUUAUCAGCAUUGCCGUGCAACUAAUUUUGGUUACCGGCUCAUCUGUUUUAUAGGUCAGGUAAUAAAUCUUGGGCUCACAGGGUAUAGAUUCAUUUGAUGGUUAUAUUCUUGUUACUUCCCUUGGCUUGAGCAACUUGGCAACAUGGACUGUUAAUGGAUGAAAAGCGCUGGUGUUUGUUAGGGAAAAGUGUAGACCGCUUAGUAGCAAAGGGGUAUGAAGACAGUCGGUAUAGCUACAAACAUUUUCUGCCAUCAGGUAUUACUUUUGAAGCUUUCACUGUAAUGGUAGCCUUCAUCUGUGUCUUCGAUUAUGGGCCAGCCAUGGGCGUUUCACGUAUCUUGAGACAAAGAUGGCUCAUCUGGCGUACGGUGCACCUUGAACAUUAUUAGUCAUCUAUACGUUUAGCUCAGCUGCUGGAGGUGGUGGUGUGUAUGUAUAUAAAUGGCGUAAAUGUAAAAAGAGAAUAGUGCUGUUUGGGAUUCCUUUUGGAACAAAAUCGUGAUAGGCUACUCCCAUGGACUGAAAUUCUCCUUCAUGCCUCUCACGCUUUCUCUUUCCAGUAAGCUGUUAAGUGCUCCUUUCCUUUUCGAUAUCGCCAUUGCUUUAUGCAAGAAAUAGAAUGUCCAACCUUGAAGACACUUUUUUCCCCCCCAAAAAGGGGAUUAUCUCAAUGGAACAGCUGUGAUUUGAAACAUUGCACAAUAGCUUGUAGGUGGAUGGCAAAAAAAUUGGUAAAAGCCUUUUUUUAUUUUUACUACUUAACCCUCUUGACCGUGUGUGCCUAUAUGUAUUGCGGACAUGGGCUGCAACUACAUGGGGUGGGAGGGAAUGGAUAUGUCAGUAUAUUUUAAAAUAAUUACUAACCAGAAGCAGUGUCCUCUCCCCAUUUUUUUUUUUUCCAAACUGUUCUUGCCAAAAUUUUCUACCUGUUGCAAUGGUUGCUUUCUUUCCAGCACAGUAAAAUGUCAUAAGUUCUCUUCCACAAUCGCUUCCCUCUGGUAGCCAUCUGUAACUUCUGUAAAACGGUGUAUAAUACAAGUAGUCAUCAGAUCUUUUUGUUGGCUGAAAAUAUGAUCAAGUUGGGUAUAUUAUAAAUCUACCUUAAUCGCUUAAAGAAUCCAUUUGUGAAAUGCAUACCUGAUAUAUUUUUUAAUUUUUUAUACUUGCAUCGUUUGAAUUUUUUUCCAAAGCAACGUCUGCAAAAGUAAACGGGAUUAAAGCAUAGAUCUGAAUCUGUAAUGUCACAGGACCAGAUGACAUCUUGAGGGAAAUACCAAACAUGACUGCCAAACCUCUGUCAGAAAAAUAUUAUUUUACUUUCAAAUUUUUCAGUACCUUGUUUAAAGCUAUUGAGUGGAAAAAUAGCUGGAAUUAAAAUUGCAAUGUAAUGUUCUCUAAAACUGAAAUGCGCAUAAAUUGGCAUCUUAAAUUGUGUGUGCUCUCCACAAACUAAAGAUCUCAUGGGAAAAUAUGAUGGUAUCUUGGGAGUUUUUUGGCAUUGUUCAUGUAUGUGUUGAAUACCUAGUUAUGUAUUAUGGUGUCAGCUGAACUUCCUCGAAGGCUCAGAAGUAGCACAGGCAAAUAAAUUCGGAAACUGUAAAAUGCUUGUGCAGGUUUUCAACAGCUAAUGUACCCUCGGUUAAAUCAUUGUCUCUGCAAAAAAUGUAUUAUGUCUGUGGUUGAGAUUUAAAAGGAGAAUUUUUUUUUUUGUUGUUUUUAUUUAACAUUGUCACUCACAAUACUGACCUUGUGAAAUACAGUCAUGGAACUCUCUGAGCCAAAACUGUCACCAAAGCUUUUCUUCUGUGACAGAUUCCACUCCUGUCUUUCUGCUACUCUAUACUGGAAGGACUCUAUGUUGUGUUUUUGUUUUUACCUUUUUUAAAAAUUUUAUUGGUUUUAGUGUCGCUUUGCUUCAGUUUGAAGUGUAACUUUCACUAAUAACUGCAAUAAAAAAAAAAGCUUUGCUCCAAA